GUUUAACGGCGAAACUGUCUAAAAAAGGGUUUGCAGACUCCUUCAUUAGUUAACAAACAUUUGAAUUCGUAUUUGACCUCAAAAUAUAGUAACUUUAGUUAGGCUACUGAGAAAAAACAAAAACAUAUUUUGACAUCUUCCCCAUGUGUGACAUAAAAUAUCCGUAAAUUAUCACUUUGUUUAUUCUACAUAUUACUACAUUAGGAUUUUAGCAUGUGCAGUUACAUGGUGUUUGUUUCAAAAGUCAACUAAGACUGCUUUGCCCUCGGCCUCAUGGUUAUUUUAAUUAAUUUAUUUAUUUUCCCCCUGGAGGAGAAGACCAUGCGUCGCUCAGCUGCCAAAUCACGCCGCACUGAUUCUGUCCCAGGUAAUGCUGCUUAGGAUGUUGAGACCGUGGACAUCGUCCCGGGACGCCUUACAGAGUCCAGCUGGAGCAGCAUGCUCUCCCAGGAGGAGGGCGAGGAGGUGGUGGUGGAUAUCAUAGCAGAACUGAUGGAAGACGUGAUGGAUAGAUGCUAUCAGGAGUAUCUACAAAGACAGUUGAUACCCUUCUCGGUGUGGUGGGCACAAAAUAACCUGGUGGAGACACUAGAAUGUCUUCUCCUGAGGAGAGAUGAAGGGGAUGAUCCAGAACAUGAACUGUUUUGGCAAGAGGAUCAAGAGCCCCAGCCAUGUGCGACUGAUUCUUGGGCUGAAGGAUCUGUUCCUGUGCUUCAUGCUGCUCAGGAAUAACUCACGGUUUAUAUGACAUCCCAAACAUCCUGAAGUGAAAAGACUGGUGGACCAGACAGAGGAUUGUUAUGACUGAAACCAAAUUAAUUUGUCAUUUGUUAACCCAGAAACUGAAUUAAAUAUUUAUAUUAAUAUGUAAUAAUUUAUUUUAUAUCUAAUAAAUUGUUUCUGAAGGA